AUGGACAGAGAGCAAGAAGAGAUGCAAUUUCUCGGGUUCGCCGGGAUCUACAAGGAGUCCUUCAAGAUCAUCUCUUCAUGGAAGAAGCUCUUCGCCCAAAUCUCAGUUUUCCUGAUCCUCCCCCUCUCCUUCAUCUACCUAGCCCACUCAUGGAUGACUCAGACCCUCUCCUACCGCAUCCUCAGUGACUCGGUUGACCGCACCGACACCUUGAAGGAUUCUAAAGAAUACUCCAAGCUCUCCCGCUCGAUCAACUCUGCCUGGCUUUCCCUUGGCCUCUUCAAAGCCGGCUACUUCACCUUCGUCCUCGUCCUCUCCCUCCUCUCGACCUCUGCCGUGGUCUACGCGAUCGCCUGCAUCUACACUGGGAAAGACGUCACUUUCAGGAAGGUCAUGCCCGUUGUGCCGAGAGUUUGGAAGAGACUCGUGGUCACUUUCUUAUGGAGCUUCGCAGUUUUCUUUGUCUAUAAUGUUUUCUUCGGCGGGCUCCUCGUAGCCUGUCUUCUCUUCGCCAGCCUCUACACCUACAGGCCGGUCGAUCGGAUCGCUGUCGUGGUUGGAGUCUUCAUAUUAUACAUAGUCGGUUUCAUCUACAUGUCAAUGAUAUGGCAGUUGGCGAGCGUGGUCUCCGUCCUGGAGGACGUCUAUGGAAGGAAAGCAAUGGUGAAGAGCAAAGCCCUGAUAAAGGGCAAGAUGGGGAUCUCGGUGGGCUGCUUCGCUGGCCUCGUCUUGCUCUUCACGGUGGUGCAGGUGGCGUUUGAGUUCCUUGUGGUCAUUGACGACCUUGUGCGGGGACUCAGGAACAGGAUCUUGAUUGGGCUCCUAUGCGUGGUGCUCCUCCUUGGGGUCGGGCUCCUCGGGCUCGUCGUGCAAACUGUGCUCUACUUUGUGUGCAAGUCGUUCCACCACGAGAACAUUGAUAAGCCGUCCCUGGUGGAUCACCUUGAGGUCUACCGUGGAGACUAUGUUCCUCUCAGGGCCCAAAAUAUCCAGCUAGAGCAUAUCCAUGUAUGA